CGACUGCUCCCGUGCCAGGAAUGUUAGGAAAAUUUUCUUUUUGGACUCAUCCGAGUCCACCGAGUGUUAAUGUCUAUGUAAUACUUACAAAUAGUUAUGAUUGCCAAAAUAAUUUAAUAACUAUAUAAAAUUGACUGAUGCUGUUGCAUCUGAAAUUGAUCAGCUGGAGACUGGACAGAGACUCAGAGAAGAGAGUCACAGUGAACCUGAUGCCUUUACAGUAUUUGAAAUUUAGGAUCCACUCUGGGAAACCCAAAUAUGUGAGGUUUAUGUGACUUUUAAGAAGUUGCUGCUAAAUAGUCAGACAUAGACAUACAGCUGAUAUCUUACAAUUUUUCACCUCUCACUGCGUAGUUUUUUAUAUAAUGCAUGGAGGAUUUUAAAUUUUAAAGCAUGGACUUUUUUUUUUAUUUUUAUUUUUUUUAUGUAACAAUACACAUAUAACCUUAACUUGUGAUGUAACACCAGAUAACCAAAUACAAAAAGUGUGCAUCAUAGUUGAAGGUUAGUUUUAAAGACUUUCUUACUUAUUGUUGAAUAAUAUAAAUAUUAAACAAUGAUCAUUGCAUACUUUGGUUUGGUGAGCAUACUUUUUUUGUUAUACAUGAUUUGUCAAAAGACUCAAACCGUAACACAGUUAUCAGUGUAUUUGUACCAUUGGUGUUUGUCUCCAUCUGCUGGAUCAGUCUGGUAAACUGGAGACAGACUUGUGACUUUGAAGUCACUGGUCUGAACUUCCGUUACAUUCAAGCCAUUGCCAAAUGAGUUGCUACAAAGCUAAUUAAGACUUUCAGCUCCACACAACUCUCUCUGUAUUUCUCUGUAUGGCUAUGUUCAGAAGAUUGUGGCGUCUGGUGACUUUCCCGCGCAGAAACAGAGUGGCUAAUCUAGGCUCAUGUUUAUGCAAAUGUGAGAGGAAACUGGAGUUGAAGUAAAAAGUUUUGAUCCUCCACCCCAAACAAACGGCCUCUGUGCAUCUCUUACCCUGUUGCCUCCAAGUUCCCAUUAAGUACAGUGCACACAGCAGACUACACAUGGCAGCGUUAUUAUGUGCAGGUACCCUGUGGAGGGUUUAUCCACAAGUUGUUUGGAAGGUUUUGUUUGUUUGUUUUGCGCUGGUGCGCUGCAAGGACGGAUGACUAACCACACAUUACUGCUGAUUUGAGUUAUUAACUUGGAAAUAGAACAGACACAAACUCUCUAGAUCUGAUAGAGAUCCCAAAAUGAUACAUUUACAGUUAUUGUUUCCAAAAUCAGAAUCAGUUUUAAUAGCCAAGUACUGUAAGUUUAAACACAUACAGGGAAUUUGACUCAGACUUUUUGUUGCCCUCACAGUAUACACAGAAAUAAAUAUACGUAUUUUAUUUAGCUCAUUGGAUAUUUUAUGAAAUAUUUUCUGUCUAUCAUCUUGAAUUAAGCCAGCUUUUCUUUCUUUCUUUCUUUCUUUCUUAGCUUUCACCCACAUCUCACGGUUUUAAUCUGUGGAUGAAGUUUGCUUGGUUAUUACAUUUGUCCCCUUAUGUUACCUAAUCUGUGUGUUUAUAAACCUUGUCUAUUACAGUAACUGCAUUGCUUUCAGCAUUUUUUUUUUUUUUUAUAGAAAUUGAAUCAGUGAGAUAUUAUUUUGCUCCCCUAUAAAGAUAUGCACACAAUGCUAUCCAAAAACUUUGACUGAUGUUACAGGAGUCAAACCAGAACCCUUGUAGAAGGAUUGGCCUCAGAGGCCCUACAGUAAGCUUCCCACCGGUAAAAUCCUUUCAAUACGAAGCCUGCUUUCAUGUUCAGACUAAAACCUGUUUGACAGCAUAUUUAACCCUAGUGUGCCGUGUGAACCGAGAGAGCUGCUUUCUUAAACUCCGUCACUCUCAUGUCAUUUCUAUGAACUUUAUUGCAAAACCCUCCCUUGAAUAAUGAAGUUGGGAUUGUUUCCCAUACACUAAAUGCAAAAAUUUUACCAAAAAGUCCGUGCUGUCAGCAUAAUAUUUGUUUACCUCAGCAGUCCACUUGCCUGACCGGCAUGUGCAGUAUAGAGGAGCUAGCACAUGUAAAUCUGGGCAUUCCUAACUUCCCUGUACUGACUAUAUCCUCUUCCAACUCAACAUAUAUAAGUCUGCUGCAGCUUCUUUCAUAAAUCAACACUCUCUAACAGCAUCAUAUCUUUUUUAAAUGCUGAAUUAAGCUUUGAUUGCCUGGAAAUUGAGGCGAAAACAUGUCCAACACCAGAUUUUCAACAUAUUUGUGUUUCUCUUUUGCCUGCUGCUUCUGUUGCAGCAAAGCUAUGCCGACUAAACUUAACCAAGAGGCUGUGAACGACAGACCUGUGAUCGGUAUUUUAACUCAGAUAGUUACUGAUGACGUCCUGAAACCUUUCGGGAGGACCUUCAUACCUUCCUCCUAUGUGAAAUUCAUCGAGUCUGGAGGCGGCAGAGUGAUGCCUAUCAGGUUGACUCUUAAUACUGCUGAAUAUAAAAAAAUCUUCGAGAACAUAAAUGGCUUGCUCUUCAUCGGGGGAGCAGCAGAUUUGGAGACAUCAGACUUUGCCAGGGUGGCGAAGAUCUUUUACAGCCUUGCUCUGAAGGCCAAUAAUGAGGGGGACUUCUUCCCCAUCUGGGGUACAUGCAUGGGAAUGCAGCUUCUGACUGUGCUGGUGGCUGGUGAAAAUCUGCUGGCUAACACCACAGCUGAGAACAUAGCGCUGCCCCUCAACCUGACCACAGAGGCCAGCUCUAGUAGGAUGUUUGAGGGUUUUCCCAAUAAGCUCAUGAGGGCUUUGACCCAAGAACCUCUCACUGGCAAUUUUCAUCACUAUGGACUCACACUAGAGACCUUCCAGGAAAAUGAGAAGCUGCGGAGUUUCUUCUCCCUGCUGUCUACAAACGUUGCUGAGAACGAAGUCCACUUUGUCUCAACCAUAGAAGGUAAAAGAUACCCCUUCUAUGGAGUACAGUGGCACCCAGAGGUGAAUCGUUUUCAGUGGAACAGAAAGCUGAACUUUCCGCACUCCGCUCAUGCUGUUCAGUUGUCUUCCUUGCUGGCUGAGUUUUUUGUCAAUGAAGGAAGGAGAAGUUUACAUCAGUUUGACAAUCCUGAGGAAGAGGCCUCGUCACUGAUUUACAACAAUACGCCUGUCUACGCUGGAAACUUCACAGGAUAUGAGCAGCUCUAUUUCUUCUGAAAUCCUCUACUGUUUCUGUCUGUGCAUGUACAACACAUGUACACUUACAGUCUAUGGUACAGCACAACACGUUAUAGUCUAUGGUGGUUUUAAUCACAGCUAGGCCUCUAAACAAAUACUUGUAUUUUUGUUAUUGCUAUU